AGGAAGAGGAAGAUGUCCCAGGACACCCAGGCAGACAAGGAGCUGAGGAUGGAGACCAGGGAGGACAAAUCCCCACGGCAGAACCUCAUGGAAGAGGCUGUUUUGAGCAGCUCCACGGCAGAGGAAUCCAACGGGGAAGAAAAGCCAUGGAGAUCCUGCAGGAGGAGGGGCUCCAAACCCAUCCCAGGGUGCUCUGAGGAGGAAAGACCAACCCCGUGCCGGGAAGGCGGCCGGAGAUCCAGCCAGGGCUCUGAGCUGGUGGUCCAUGAGCAGCUUCAGGAUGGGGAGAAGCCCUACAAGUGCUUGGAGUGUGGGAAGAGCUUCAGCCAGAGCAACAGCCUGAUCUGCCACCAGAUGAUCCACACUGGAGAAUGGCCCUACAAGUGUCGGCAAUGUGGGAAGGGCUUGAGCUGCAGCUCCAAACUCAUCAUCCACCAGCGCAUCCACCCUGGGGAGAGGCCCUACGAGUGUCCCGAGUGUGGGAAGAGGUUUCAGACCAGCUCCCAUCUCCUCGUGCACCAGCGGAUUCACACGGAUGAGAGGCCCUUCCGCUGCCCCGACUGUGGGGAGGGCUUCAAGCAAAACUCCGCCCUUGUCACCCACCAGCGCACCCACACUGGGGAGAGGCCCUACAAGUGUCCCGAGUGUGGGAAGAGCUUCAGAAACAGCUCUAACUUGACCAUCCACCAGAGGACCCACACCGGAGAUCGGCCUUAUGAGUGUGGGGAGUGUGCAAUGACCUUCAGCCAGAGGUCCAAACUGAUCAUCCACCAGAUGAUCCACACUGGGGAGAGGCCCUACGAGUGUCCCGAGUGUGGGAAGAGGUUUCAGACCAGCUCAGAUCUCCUCGUGCACCAGCAGAUUCACACGGAUGAGAGGCCCUUCCACUGCCCCGACUGCAGGAAGGGCUUCAAGCACAACUCUGCCCUCAUCAGGCAUCGGCGCAUCCACACUGGGGAGAGGCCCUACGAGUGUCCCCAGUGUGGGAAGAGCUUCACACAGAGCUGUCACUUGACCAAACACCAACAGAGGCACCGGUAAGGGAAGCCCUGCAAGUGCCCCAAGUGCAGGAAGAGCUUUGUGCGCUGCCCCAGCUCCAUUCCCCAUCAGAGGACCCACGUUGAGCAGAGCUCUGAUGACCCAUGUUCCCAGUGAUCUGUGUUGGCAACACACUGGGCUGGCGGUCAUUCUAUUUUUUUUUCAAUUAUCUUUUGAUUCAUCUUCAUCCCUUUAAAACAGACAAAUAGUGGUAAAAAACAACAAAUUCAUCAAAGGCAUCUAAACACAUUUUACUAGUGCUUCAAGGGAUUCUGGGAAAUACUUGGGAGUAUUUGGGGGUUGUGGGCUUACUUAGUGGAGUUGUCUUCAUUUCUUGUCACUCAAAUAGACAAGAGGGUUCAAUCUGUCACCUCAAAACCACUCAAUGCCACUGAAAACUACUCAAUCCCACACAAAAUUACUGGAUUCUACAGCCUCUCAGGGUGUGAUGACUUAAGUUUUAUCUUUCCUAUUUUCAGUAUUCUGCACUGCCUGCCUUUGUAGUUUCGAACUUCCUAUUAAGUGUUAGUGAGCUCUCUUCACAGAGUAGGUAGACAAAUCAAUUACUUUUCCAGCUUGAUACCGAGGACAAUGAUUACAAGUUCCAGGCCCAAAAGCAUAAACAAGGGUGGACUGAAGAGAGAAAACAAGAAGGAUGGGACUUCCUCAUCUGAAGCUGUAAUUGGACAAUGAACCCAAAUAUGAAGAUGGACCUAAACUUCUAAAAAUGUGAGACCUCGUGAUGUGUGUU